AUGUCUCUGUCAUUAAGCCAUAGGGGAAAUGAUCUUUCCUACUACGAGAAAAAACACAAUGAGACUGUUCUGGAGGAGCUGGAGGUUGGGGAUAUGGUGGAAUUUCCGAGAGAUUUUUUCUCCCACUGGGGAGUCUACAUAGGUGAUGAGAAAAUUGUACAUCUGACGGGUGAUGAAUCCGACAAUGAUCCGCACGCUGGUGAAUCGUUCUUCUCCAUUUCUGGUGUUCGAUGUGACAAAGCAUGGGUCAAGGUUGAAAACUUUUUGGAUGUUGCCCAGGGAUGCCUCGCUAAAAAGAACAACGACAAAGAUCGUAGUCAAGUGGCUGCCGGGAAUUAUCCACGGCCUUCCGAUGAAAUCAUGAGAACGGCAUAUGCCAUGAGAGGUCAAGCAGAGUACAAUGUUUUCUUUGACAACUGCGAACAUUUCGCCUCUUACCUUCGAUAUGGCCAAAAAUGCUCUGAUCAGGCUAACAUGGCUCUCGGUGCCAUAGUGCUAGGGGGAGCUGCAGUGGUCAUUGGAGGCCUAAUAGGUUCUUUGUUUCCUCGCAAGAAAUAA